AUGGCUCGCUGUCGACGGUUUUCUUCCCGUGGAAGUCUAGAGGAAGACACUGCUUCUGCCCGCACGCCAAUGGCGCAGCAUUGCCAUACAUUCAAGCGUAGAUCCGCCAGGACCGCACCCAGACAUGGCAAUACUAGCAUAAAAGAGUCAAUGACGGACAAGUCGCAGAAGAAGGUUCGUAAGGCAUGUGUGAGAUGCAGAAUGAAGAAGACCAAGCCCUGGAAGUUGGCUGAGCCUCAGCUCAAUGAACACGGCCAACCCGUCGCCCAACACAUCGCGAAGCUCUUGGGCUGCGUUCCACCAAACAGCGAGAUCGAUCUCCCAGUGCAAUCCGUCUUCCCCGAAGAUGCAGACAGCAUGGAGGAGCUGUAUCGCGAGCUGGAAGAACAUGAGAGGUCUGAAGCUACAUCCACGCCGAGUCUUGCGACAGACAAGGAGUUGACCUGCGACGAAACUGCGAUAUCGGAAUCGCAAGACUCAGAUAUUGAACUUCCCUAUUACGCGGUCGAUUGCGGCACACACGGUACCGUGAAUCCACCGCUCCAGACUGGGAGUAAUGACCUGGAUUUCGAGGGGGCUGCAGCCGCUGACAUGUACGGAAAUACACUGUUUCCCGAUACUCCGCUCUCACCUUUCACAUGGUCCAGGUACAACGCCGGGUAUAGCGACUUGACAAUGUGUCUUCUGCAAAAGGCCGGCGUAAUGCAGGGUAAUGGCAUGCUCCAACAGGGUCUGUUAGGACCUGAGUUUGAUAGCACGGAGCCAUACAUCCUGUCUGGCGAUCUAGAGGGGAGAUAUAGAAGGGUACAAUGA